GCGACGUGCCUCUGAAGGGAUACCUGCCGCUAGAGAGCAAUGGCGAGCGGAGACCGUCGCCUCUCCCUUGGGGGCUUCCUGGGGCCGCUGAACUAGAUGGACCCGCUCGGGCUGACCCAGUAGGGCCCUUUGGUUGCUGCUGAUGGCGAUUUCUGUUGCUGCUUCCUUAAGGCCGCCUGUUGGUUAAGGGCGAGCUGGUCCCUUUGUUGGAAGUAGCUGUGUACUUCACUGAGAGGAAGGGGUAGUUCUACUGGACCCAGGGCAAAAAGUGACCCGCAAGAACAUUAUGCAGGAAAUCCUCAAGAAUGUGGCCUCUCUAGGUGAUGAGCUGCUAAGCGGGGACCAGGAGGAGAGUUCUCGACAGGAGAGUCCAGAUUGUGUGGAACCCCGUGGGACACUAUUGGGGAGGUCCCAAGUUCCCCCACUGGGAAACAGCCAUGAGAAUCAGAGUGGUGCAGUGCCACAGCAGGAGAAUCCCUCAGACGAUACGUGGUGUAAACCCACUCCUGGUCACGAAAGGAUUGCUAAAUUGAACACAUCAUUAAUUCAGCAAAGAAUGCACAAAAGGAAGAAAGAGCCUGUGCAUUCGGAUAACGGGAAAGCUUUUACUCAAAGUUCCUGCCUUAUCAGCCACCAAAUAAAACAUGUGGUAAGAAGGCCCUAUUCAUGUGCUAAGUGUGGGAAAAGCUUUAAUAAGAGCUCACACCUUGCUGUGCAUCAAAGAACCCACACGGGGGAGAAACCCUAUGGAUGUACAGAGUGCGGCAAAAGCUUCUGUAGCAGUUCUCAGCUAAUUUCACACCAGAGAAUUCACACUGGAGAAAAACCCUGUUUAUGUAUCGAUUGUGGCAGGAGCUUCUAUUCUGCCUCUGAACUCAGCAGACAUCAGAGAAUUCACACUGGAGAAAAACCCUAUGUCUGUGAUGAGUGCAGAAAAAGCUUUUCUAGCAUCUCAGACCUCAGCAGACAUCAGAGAAUCCACACCGGUGAGCGAUCUUAUGAAUGUCCAAGUUGUGGGAGAGGCUUCACCCAGAAAUCACACAUGAUUACUCAUCAGAGGAUCCACACUGGAGAAAAACCAUUCAAAUGCCCAGAAUGUGGAGAACAUUUCAGUAUUAAGUCAGGCCUACAAAGCCAUCAGCGAGUACAUACAUCAGAAAAACCUUAUGUAUGUCUGGUGUGUGAGAAAAGCUUUGGAUGGGCCUCUGUUCUGCUUAGACAUCAGAGAAUUCACACAGGAGAGAAACCCUAUACAUGCCCUAACUGUGGAGAAAGCUUCAGUCAGAGCUCUCACCUUAGCAGUCAUAAACGUGUCCACAUGACUGAGAAGCCUUAUGCAUGUGUGGAAUGUAGGAAAAGCUUUAGGAGGAGCUCUGAGCUCAUUGUUCACCAGAGAACCCAUAUGAAGGAGAAGCCAUACCCAUGCAGUCAAUGUACAAAAAGUUUCAGUAAACACUCAGACCUCCUGGCACAUCGAAGAAGCCAUAUGGGAGAAAAGCCCUUCUCAUGCACUGUGUGUCAGAAAAACUUCAUUAGAAGUUCACAGCUAAUUGCACAUCAAAGAAUUCAUACAGGGGAAAAACCUUACGUGUGCAGUCAGUGUGGUAAAAAUUUCUGUUACAGCUCAAAUCUGAGCAGGCACCAAAAAAUCCAUACUGGGGAGAAAGCCUACAAAUGCUCUAACUGUGGGAAAAGAUUCUCCCAGAGAUCAAAUCUGAUCACACAUCAGAGAAUCCACACAGGUGAAAAUCCCUACAAAUGCAUUGACUGUGGACAAGUUUUUAGCAUUAAAACAGGCCUCCUCAACCAUCAGCAGAUUCAUGCAGGUGAGAAAUCAUCUGCUCUAUUCAGCAGCACAGAAGAUAAAUCUCAAGCAUAUACUAACACUGGACGUGAAAGCCUUCACUUGGAGCCCAGCAGUGCUAUUAACAAAACAGAGAAUUCGCUUGGGAGUGAGCAGUCACCAUAAACACUGUGCUGUUGUGUAAUCUGCAUGGGGUAGAAACCAUAAGCUGUUUGUCAGCAGAGCACAACAGAAAAGCUUGAGAUGGAACUGAGAUGGAAUUGCAUAUAGAGUCCCUAUAGAAGGGGGAGACCUGGAAGUGCCAAGUUAGAAAUAUCAGCUAGCAGCAAAGCACACACACAAAACCCCUAAACUAACAGGCUGAUCACUGUGGAAAGUCAUCUAUAGAUUGGAUACAAGCACAAAAAAAGUUUCUAGUAGGCACCAAGCAGGUGCACAGGCGCACAGAGAACUUCUGAUGAUCAUCUCAAUAGAUACACAGCUCUGCAAGGGAUAAAGCAAUCCAUCAAGAAAGAAUUUUCCAUGUGGUCUAAUCACGGGACACUUUUUCUUAGCUCUUAACCAAUAUGUUCUAGCAUAAUUUGAUGUAUUUCUUGAACCAUCUGGAUUUUUCUUUUCCAAAAUUAAACUUAUUCCACAUGUG